AAGAAAAACAAAACACAAAUCAAACAAUAACAAACAAACUCUACUUGUUUCCUGCGUUGCCCUGUUUUUCCUUUUUCUUGCGAAGUUUAGACUAGUUUUAUCGAAAAUAUUGUGACUUAUUUUAGCAAAUAUGAGUAAUAUUUACAUACAAGAACCGCCUACCCACGGCAAGGUACUUCUAAAGACUACUGUGGGUGAAAUCGACAUAGAAUUAUGGGGCAAGGAAACACCCAAAGCUUGUCGUAAUUUUGUGCAGCUUUGUCUAGAGGGCUACUACGAUGGCACUAUUUUCCAUCGUGUUGUUAAAGGUUUUAUCGCUCAAGGAGGAGAUCCGACAGGGACAGGAACAGGAGGAGAAUCAAUUUAUGGACAUACAUUCAAAGAUGAGUUCCAUUCAAGACUUAGGUUUAUCCGAAGAGGAUUGGUGGCUAUGGCAAAUGCAGGGAAAGAUGACAAUGCUUCACAAUUUUUCUUUACCUUUGGAGCCACACCAGAACUUCAAAACAAACACACUAUCUUUGGGAAGAUCACCGGUGAAACCGUCUUUAAUAUGAUGAAGUUAGAAGAUGCUUUGGUAGAUCGUGAUGACCGCCCACAAUACCCUCAUAAAAUAAUCAGCACAGAAGUGUUAUUUAAUCCAUUUCCAGAUAUUGUUCCUAGAGUACUCCCAAAGCAGAAGGAGAAAAAGCAGUCAAAAAAGAAAGAGAAGCAAGUUGGAGUCAAAAACUUUAAGCUCCUCUCAUUUGGAGAGGAGGCUGAAGAGGAUGAAGAGCAAGUUACUAGUGUCAACGAAAAAUAUAGUGGAAAGGGCAAAUCCACUCAUGAUGUCUUAGAUGAUCCAAGCUUGAGUUCUGUUCCUGCUGUUGAAUCAAAAAGUGUCAAAAAUAAAUCGGGGUCUGAUUCCGAGGCCCUGAGUGGAGACCAGCAAAGCUCAGAUAGCGACAGUGAUGGUCCUGAAAAGAUGAAGAAUGUGGAAGCUGUGAAAAAUAAACUUAAAACGAUUGGUGGAAAAUCAACUGCUCCCAAAGAAGCUGGCAGUGACAGUGAGGAAGAAUUUUCCCUGUCAAAAGAACGAAGAGAAGAGCGAAAGAGAAAAGUGGAAAGCAUUAGAAAGGAAAUAGAUAGUUUGAAAAAGAGUUAUAGAGAUGAUAAAAAGCGUUCGAAAGUUGAAGUGGAAUCUUUGGAUAAGAAGUCAACUUCAAAGAGUUCGUCCAGCCAAGAAAAUAAUGCUCUAUUUGUUGCUCAUGAAGAGGAAGUGAAGAAGUUUAAAGAGAAGACAAAUUUUCCCAAGAAAGGUGCUUCUAGAGAAAGUUUCACUUUGGGUCUCCUGGAUAAGUUUAAGAAAAAGCUCCAAGCUGCAAAGGAAAAGGCUGAAACUGAGGGAGGAGAAGCUGAAGAUAACCCUAGUGAUGAAGAUGACACAAGUGACAAGUGGAUGGUGCACAAGUUGAAUUUCAAGACAGACACGCCUGUACUUGCAAGGGAUGCAAAUACAAAGGAUGACGAUUGGUAUGAGAUUCAUGAUCCUAGAAGCAAAAUAAACCAGCAAAAGAGAGAAAUUAGUAAGUCUCUGAUGCAAAAGAAGGAUAAAGGGGGUAAAUGAUUUAUAGUCAAAUCAACUUUUACUGUAAAUUAAAAAAAAAUUUAUUGAUUGAUGAUGGUACAGUUGAAAUUAAUUUUAAAUACUUACAAUAAUAAAUUAUGUAAUUCCUUAUCA